AUGGAGGACGAAAAGGAUAAUGAUAUCGAAACCAGUGCCCAGUUGGAAGCUAUGGGGUUUACAUCUUUCGGCCAACAACCGAAACGGCCCAAACAUCGACAUCAUGGGCCUUCGGGACCUCCCGGAUCCCUUCCAAGAGUCGAAAUUCCAAAGGAAGCGGCUCCUGUGCCUCUGUCAGGAGAUAAUACGAAUGCCGGAAACGAGGCCGGAGGGUCAGAACAGCAACGACACAAAGCAUCUCGUAGCUAUGGGCAGGGAGCCAGAGCUCGGGGGUCUAAUAAUUAUGAUGGCGACGUUAGUUCUGGAUCUUCACCUGGGGCAUUCUUUUCAAAGAGCUUCACAGAAAAUCCAUGGGAGAAAUUAGAACAGAAGAUGGGAAUACCUGUAGGAUUGAAGAAUUAA